GAUCGCCAGUUGCCAGUAACGGAGAAAGUGAGACGGCUUUUGAUUGGGCGCCUGCAGCGCGGAAGUGCCAGACAGAACCGACGUGUGGAAGCUGGAGCUAUGCUGCUGUUCUGCCCGGGCUGCGGGAACGGAUUAAUUGUGGAGGAGGGGCAACGUUGCCAUCGCUUCGCCUGCAACACUUGCCCCUACGUCCAUAAUAUCACCCGCAAGGUAACAAACAGAAAGUAUCCAAAGCUAAAAGAAGUGGAUGAUGUGCUUGGUGGAGCAGCUGCCUGGGAGAAUGUGGACUCUACUGCAGAGCCGUGUCCAAAAUGUGAACAUCCCCGUGCCUACUUCAUGCAGCUUCAGACCCGUUCAGCAGACGAGCCAAUGACUACCUUCUAUAAGUGCUGCAAUGCUCAGUGUGGACAUCGCUGGAGGGAUUAAGGGCAGGACUUGCCUAGCUGCAAGCAUGAAUUUUGUGUACUGAAGGUCUUUGCUAUAUGAUAGGAAGCUGACUCUACUGUGGUGAAGGACCAGGGUGAGACUUAGCUCAUCUGCAGGUUAGCAGAUAAAGUCCUUAAUAUAUAGGCCUCAGGUCCAUGGGAGAUAAACAUAAGGAUGCUCACUUGGAUUCAGGUCCUGUUCCUUACCAUUCAAACUAGGAACUUGGUUUGUAGUCAGUAUUUUUUUUGUCAAGACAGGUUUUCUUUGUGUGGUCCUUGCUAUAUAAACUAAGUUGACCUUGAACUCAGAGAUCCACCUUCCUCUGCCUCUGGAGUACUGGGGUUAAAGGUAUAUGCCAGCACUGCCAAUGAUAAUCUUGAACUGUCUAAUCUUUUUUCCUCCGUCUCAGAAGUGUUAGGAUUAUAAGUAUGUGAACUAUUUUCAUUUUAUGCAGUGCUGGGGAUUAAACUCUGAGCCUCAUACAUGCUAAAUAAGCACGCUACCAACUGAGCUAUAUCUCUAACCCUUUUUUUCUUUCUAGAGAAAUUAUGAAACUAUAAAAAUACUGAAAAUCAUUUUAAAAUUCUGGAAUUAUAUGAGUCAUAUUGUGUGAUUAGUAACUAAACAAAACUAUUCUGUGAAUUGGACUUUCUGGAUUGUUUUGGUAGGAAUUUAAAAGUAACAAAAAACA